AUGGAGUCCACUGAACACUUACACAUUGACUUUGCAAAAGACACAUAUGCGGCCACAAACCACAAGGACGAGUUCCCACAGAUGACAGCAUGGCUGGAACGGCGUGAAAAAGUUCUCUUCCAUGAGAAAUUCAUUGAAUGGAGGUUGACAGCAGUGGCUACUGCACAUCCAUCACCAGGCUAUUGGGAGCCUCCGGACAGAAGCCUCGCGCUCUCCCAUCAUCUGAUGAAGCAUCCCACACGCAAGGCAGUCCCCAUCGAACUUAUAUCUCCGCCAUCUGGAUAUGGGGCUACAUUCUUUCGCUCUGCUUUGGCUCGAUACCUUAUCCACAAAAAACACCCAUUGCUAUCCCAGCGAGAAGUUACUGAACAAGCAAGCAAUCACAUCAUACCAUUUGACUCCCUUCCUGUCUUUCACAAGCUCAAAUUCAAACUCUCCGAUAACGAAGACACCUACAAUGCCAUUCAUGCAGUUGCUGACAAGACAGCCGGGUCAUCCUCAAUAACAGGUCUUCGUGUUGGUAGAGUCCAACUCAUCUUCGCAACUCCCAAGAUAUACUCUGCCCAGAGAGCAUUCAGAACUGCUGAGGAAGUCAAGCACCUUGCCUACAUCAAGUGGUAUUCACCACUUACCAGGCUCCCGGAUGCAAACUACCCCAUGUACAAGAUCAGCCGCAUCGCAAACGAGGCUUCUGUGGUCCUGGUAUCAGCAAUCGAGCGAAGCAUACAUUUGUAUCCUAAGUGGGGAGGGCCGCUUGAACCAUAUGCCGGUUAUUCACAAACAAGCAUGAUCAAGGAUGAGGACAACAACAGCAACCAUGUUCCCGGUCAACGACAAAUAGAAAGCGAUACCACACCGCCUCGCUACUACCUCGGACUCAAAUGGCCCAAACAUUUUCCUCCACCUCCUUCGUUCAAACGUGACCCCACUUGGCCCAACACACAAACACUCACUGCCCAACAAAACGAGAUCGAACUCUUUUGCAGUGAUGACCUCCAUUUCGACCUAUAUCAACUCCUACACCCUGUUCCUCAUUCAUCUACCCAGCACAAUCACACCACUCGGAUCUCAGGAGAGCGCGUCAACUCGGACUCACUCGGGUGUGUGCAGAUCAACUGCAACCAAGACAGCAAAUUGGACUCAGGGGAGGAUAUACUGGAAGUCAAGAGAGAUGAGGUUGUGCCGUCAUCUGUGGACGGGGAAGAGGAUGCUGUUAGUGUUUGCCUACUAGGUUCAGAUGAUGAGCAACUGGCUCGGAACUACCCCAGUGCUCACCAGGCAUACCCAAAACUCCUACGACCCCACAAAUUGACCUUCUGCAUGUUGAUCGUGACACUUCAUCUGUCCACUCUGAAUUAA